GAGGAUCCGACCCUGACUGAACCGAUGAUCGGGGGGUAAAGAAGCAGCAGGAGACGCGCGGAGCUCGUGAGGAGCAGAAACAUCCAGAGGAGCAGGGAGCGUCCACAUGUCUCCUCUCUCUGAUUCAUGAGCGUCUUCUUCACCAAAGCGUCCUGCAGCUGUCACAUCGGUGGUGCCAUUACUUCAUUGUUGACCAUCAGUGAGUUCCUGACAGACACAAGUGACUAUGACAGGUCAGACUGUGGGAGCGGUCACCCAGGACCUGUCAGUGCCAUCCCUGCGAGGUGUGGAUGCACUGGACUACAUGCCUCUAGGUGGCGCCGGCUCCUCCACCAAUGACGCCGUGUCCAUCCUUACCUCCACAAGCAAGCUGACCCGAACCCUCCUGGGUCGCACCUUUGCUCUGCGUCGCAAAGAGCACCAUGCCUACGCUGAAGCUAGGGCGGGCAGCAGCUGCGACGAGGAAGGCGGCAGUAACGCCGCACGCCGCAAGCGGGAGUUCAUACCCAGCGAGAAGAAAGACGAAGGCUACUGGGACAGGAGGAGAAAAAACAACGAGGCGGCCAAGCGGUCCAGAGAGAGGCGGCGAGCCAACGACAUGGUGCUGGAGAGGAGGGUCCUGGCUCUGCUGGAGGAAAACGCCUGCCUGAGGGCGGAGCUGCUGGCCCUCAAGUUCCGCUUUGGUCUGGUCAAGGACCCGUCUGACGUGACCAUCCUGCCUCUCUCUGCUCACCCACCACCCAGUACGACACAUUACUACCAACCUCAAACCAACGCAGCUUCAUACACCAGGGCCCACCAAAUGCACCAUCGCCAUCCGCAGCAGGAUGGCCUCUGUGGAGCGAGGGGAGCUUGGCCCCUGUCGAGUCACAGUGCAUCUGAGGAGUCCGGUGUCACCUCAGGCAGCUCCAAUAUGGGCAGCCCCAUGUUCUUUGAAGACACACUGAGUGAACGCGGUGGGCCCUCGCCAAAGGAGCUGGUGGAGGAGCCACAGGGCUUCGAGUCCCACAUCUGUCCACUGGAGGUCAACGAGGCUCCAUAUGUGCACAAACAAGACUCUGCUGAGGGUUUGAGGAGUCUCCCACACAAACUCCGUUUCAAAGGCCCCGGCGGGUGCAGUGACGGUGGGGAGAUGUCUCCUUCAUCUGUGAGCAGAAACACUGAACCACCUGUCGCAACUGUGGUGCCAAGCGUCCAGGUGAGGAGUCACCAGCAGGCGGGGUGGGACAGUCACGCCGAGAGUCAGACUCUUUGGUCCAGGGAGGAGGCCAGUCCUGGACUCAGGCCCCAGUACCAGACUCUCUCCUCAGAUUAUUAUACCCCCUCGUCUCUGCAGAACUCCAGGGACACUAAGUACACUGCUGACAACAGUCUGCGGUCGCAGAUCAGCUGCUUGUCUCAGGAAGUGGCUCAGCUCAAAAGGCUCUUCUCUCAGCAGCUGUUCUCCAAAACACGCACAGAGGGCGGUCAGAGUCAAAGAUAACGGACACAUUUUUGUCUCAUGUCUUCCAAACAAACUCAAAAAGAAGCUUUUGUUUAGUGAACUGUGUGUGUGUGUGUGUGUGGAAGUCCACACACCACAAGUGGACAAGAGAAGUCACUGAAGGUGAUUCAUGUGUGAUUCACGGUGUGUUGGAUCAUAGUGAAUUCCACAAGCACUGCUGCUCUGAAGAGAGCAGUGCCCAAAUAUGGACAUUGUUAAACGUCUUAGUUAGACAUACACAUACUGUAGGUAUUCACUGUUGGCCAAUCCGAGUUCAAACCAAGCUUUAGAACGGUGAAGAAAUUCGAUUUUGAAUGUGGUUGUUGGAGCCAGAGUGUUGAUCAGAAACUGCUAAUCUAGGAUUUUCACACACAACAAUCUCUGGACCAAAAAAAGAGAGUGCAUAAAAAUCAAAAGAAAUAAAUUUCAUUUCCUUUUCUUUUUUGACAAACAGCCUUUCAGUACAAGAUGUAUUGUGUAUUACAUCACCAUGUGUGAGUUUUCUGCUGUUCACUAUAAAUGUUUCCAGUUUAUCUUCUUUACCUCACGGCAAGAUCAAUUAAAAAAAAAAUCACAAUCAUCAAGAGACAAAUUAUGAAAAUGAGUUGGUUUUUUUCUUCGAUUUUUUUUGGUUUUAAAUCAUUGUACGUUUUGUAUUUGUUCUAAAAAAAAAAAAGCAGCCUGGAUAUAAAAUUGUCAGGAUACUAAUGAAGACAAGACGGUUUCAAACACUCGUCCCUCUGCACUUUGCAUUAUGUCACAGACUCAGUGUGGCACUGCAGACAGAGUGAAGGCGUUCAAAGUGCUGGAGUCAGGAGGCGCAAUGCUCAAAAACAUGAACAACAUCACAAGUUUUGCUACUGCUUCUGCUCAAGUCAUGCCCUGAACAUUUCAUGAAUGCCUUUCUUUGUCUCAAUAAAUUCUUAAAAAUGCAAUCACCA